AUGCUGGAAGUAUCUAUACCAGCUCAAGCAAUCGAUUCAAUGCAACCCGGAACCUACUUGAUGGGCUCCACUGCGGAGCAUUACCCCAUCCGCACAAUGGCGACUGUUGCUGAAGAUAUUGUUCUUUCAUUCACUUCGUCGACAUGUCUACAAAAUCUUCGAUCGCCUCAUUGUUUUGCUCCGAGCGGUGCCCUUGCGAUCUCGCCCUUUCGCCAAUCCUGA